AUGGAGCCGGAUUUAGGACUACCCACCUGUCUGUUUGCCACUGACCGGAACCCGAUUAACCGUAUCAAUGUUUACUCUAGACCGGACUUGCUUACUCAUCUUCAUCACACGCUAAAGAGAACUCCUGAGUUUGAAUUCAUUAGAGCCUCUUGUUUUGGUCCUUUAUUCGACCUUCCGGCGCAUAGGUGUCCAAUUUCUUGCAAACUCAUCCACGCACUUCUAACCCGUCAACUCAUUACUAAAAAAAAGUACGAAUUGUGGAUAGUUUUCGGUGGUCAACCAUUUCAUUUCGGACUCAAAGAAUUCAGCACAGUCACGAGUUUGCCUUGUGGUGAGUACCCGCCAAAAUACGACCCGGAUUACCAACCCCCUACCCCCAAAAAUCCUGGUGAUUACUGGAGGGAUCUAAUUGGUGAUGAUCCCAAAAAUACAUUGGCUGACAUCGCGGAGCUCUCCGUAAAGAGCCAAAUAUGCCUACGGCUCGUUGUCCACCUGCUUAUAGCGGUAGAUCAGCCUGAUACCGAGGGUUGGGGAGAUUGGGAUGAUGAAGUUAGGGACAAAAAAGUCGACCACCUUGAGCUUCUUGUCAAACAGGGUCAUGCUUUCCAAAGGUCGAAUUGGCACGGGGGAGAUUCAGCAGAACAAUUGACAACACAUAACCCAACAGUCCCAAAAAGGGAACACCAGAAACACAUCCUCAAUAGGAGAACAAAGACGCCGUCUUCCCCAUGCCCAUAUUCACUUCGCCCAAGGCAAGUCACACCAAAGAAAAAGUCUACUCGUAAACAGAAGCAAAUCCAUGACUAUCUCAAGCCUCUGCCGCGUGACUUGCAUUCCCAGGUCAACAUACUUUCCAAGCAGGUUGAGACACUGACGGCCCGUGACCAGAAACUAGAAGCCAAAAACCAGUUUCGCAACCACUCAGGCUUCAAGGAUGGGACUAUGUUUGUCAAGGCUCAGAAGGAAAAGGGCGCGCCAGCAAUCUAA